GUAGGACAUCCUUAGGUCAGCCAUAUUGCCGUGGUCUGUCUGAAGGAGAGAGAAAAUAUGAGGGGAAUUCGGGGAAUAAGCCAGUUAUCGAGAAGGCUUUAUGCAGCCCAGGCUGCCCGUAAGGUGGAUUUUGCUGCAGCUGGGGAGCCACUAAAGUUUGUGCCACAGGAAGUGCAGGUGACGAAAUUGCCUAGUGGCUUAGUGAUUGCUUCCUUGGAAAACUAUUCUCCUGCUUCUCGGAUUGGUGUUCUUGUCAGGGCCGGAAGCCGAUAUGAGACCACUGAUAACCUUGGUGUCACACACUUGCUUCGUCUGGCUGCCAGUCUGACAACCAAGGGAGCAUCUGCUUUUAGGAUCUGCCGUGGUGUUGAGGCUGUUGGGGGAAGCUUAAGCGUGUCAAGCUCCAGGGAAACCAUGUCAUAUACUGUAGACUGCCUGAGAGAUCAUAUUGACACUGUUAUGGAGUAUCUGAUCAAUGUGACCACGGCACCCGAGUUUCGUGCAUGGGAAGUGUCAGACCUCACGGGAAGGGUGAAUUUGGAUAAGAAACUCGCCAAGCAGACGCCACAGAUUGGUGUUAUUGAAGAUUUACAUGCUGCAGCCUAUAAGAAUGCCCUGUCCAAUUCCUUGUACUGUCCAGACUUCAAGAUUGGCCAAAUCACUACCGAACAGAUGCAUACCUUUGUUCAGAACAACUUUACGAGUGCAAGAAUGGCCCUGGUUGGUCUUGGAGUGGAUCAUGACAUGCUGAAGCAGGUUGGAGAGCAGUUCCUGAACAUCCGCAGCGGAGCGGGCACUGUUGGUUCCAAAGCUCUGUACCGUGGAGGUGAGGUGAGGCAUCAGACUGGAGCAGGCCUGGUUCAUGCGUUGGUGGCAAUUGAAGGAGCAAGUGCAACCUCAGCUGAGGCCACUGCAUUCAGUGUACUGCAGCAUGUGCUCGGAGCAGGACCACGAGUCAAGAGAGGCUCCAGCAGCACCAGCACACUGACUCAGGCCAUCUCAAAAGUCACCGCUCUGCCCUUUGAUGCCUCUGCGUUUAAUGCCAACUACACGGAUUCUGGUCUUUUUGGCUUGUACACCAUCUGCCAGGCUAACGCUGUCAACGAUGUAAUCAAAGCAGCUGUCGGUCAGGUGAAUGCCAUUGCUCAAGGAAACCUUGCAGCAGCAGAUCUCAGCAAAGCCAAGAAUCAGCUGACGGCCGAUUACCUCAUGUCUAUUGAGAGUUCUGAGGGAUUGAUGGAUGUUAUUGGUACACAUGUGCUGUCAGAGGGUACCUACCAUACCCCUGAGGCUGUGACCCAGAAAAUCAAUGCUGUGUCUUCAGCUGAUGUCGUCAACGUUGCAAAGAAAUUCAUGUCUGGUAAAAAGACCAUGGCCUCCAGUGGGAACUUGGUCAACACACCCUUUGUUGAUGAAAUCUGAUGGGCAUUCUUGCUCAUUUUCUCUUUCAAAUGUCUCUUCACAAAAACAAGGACAUGUUUAUGAUACCUUCAUUGUUUCUGUCCCCAAAAAUAAUAAUAAUAAGGUUGUCAUCAACAGUUGGUCUUGAUAUUUGUAAUAUUCUAUAAGGUGGAGUAAUCUCAAGAAAAGCGCUCAACACUUGUCCAUUUGAAAUGUAUAGAUGUAAAUUAAUAAAGUAUCUACCAACACCAUC